GUCCAAAGAAAAUCUGGAACUCUAAAGUCGACUUUUCAGCGGGAAUUACAGAAAAAUCCAAAGCACAUCAAGUGGGUCAGCUGGUUCCGUGGAGCCGAAAUGGGAGUAUUUCAAGAGCUGCUGCUCCUUUAUGAUACCAGUGAACAGUUGCACUCCCAGAAGGACAUCAUUUGAUACCUCUGAACCACAGGAACCAGAGACUAUAGUGCUUUCCAUAUCAAGUGAAAACUAUGAAGAGGGAACAUCCAAUAGUAAUUGGGGUGAGAGUGAUGGUGCACAACCACAAGUAUGCAACAUCCCAGACCUAACGCAUAGUGACAAUUAUUUUGAUGGAACCCAUGCAUCUACUCCAUCCUCCUCCUCUUCCAUUUUCCAGAGAUCAGAUACAAGGGUAAAAAAGAGGAGGAAAUUACAAUGCUCAGCAGAAGGUGAACGUUUUGACAAUAUUUUGGAUAAAGUUGAUUCUAUACUGAAUCAACCAGAUCCAUCAUGUGAUCCUUUUAUUAAAGCAGCCACAAAUGCUAUAGCAGGUUUCAUGGCCCCCUUGUCUAAAAAAGAUAAGAAAGCUGUGUACUUAAGGAUUAUUAAAGUUUUGCAAGAAUAUCCUAUUGAUUUUGAUAAUUUAGAUGAUUAGUUUUUUGUCUUGUUAGUUUUGUAUUAAUAGUCCUAAUAAUUUAAAAAUUAUGUAUAGUUUUGUUUAAAGAUUCUAUCAACUUACACCUCUUUUAAUUAUGAAGUAUUAAAAUAACACAAUGCAUUGAACAGUAGAAUAGUUAAACUUUAGUUAUAUUGUUUGGUCUUUUUGUUUUCUUUUAACUUUUGCAAAUAACUGUAGCCUCAGAUGAAGGCAUUUAUAUUGGUUGUUCUGUGAUAGUAGUGACACACUUAUUUGAGACUAAAAUUCUCUGUGUAUAAUUAACUUGUUUUAACAGUACUGCAAUAUUACUACACAAUAAUGAACUGUCCAAAAGUCUAAAAUAAGAUUUCAAAGCAAAAAAUUUAUUUUUAUUUUUGUGUCAGUCUUCCUGCAUUUUGUUCUCUCGCUGCUUGCAAUAUUUCACUACCAUUCUUAAAUUUAACAUCCAGAUAUAUUUCAAAUAAACUUUUUCAGUACUAAGAUAUAUAUAUUUUUCUCAAAUAAGCCAAAUUAUAUACAGUUUUGUUUGAAGAUUCUAUCAACAUACACCUCUUUUAAUUAUGUAGUAUUAAAAUAACAAUGCAUUGAACAGUAGAAUAGGAAAACUUUAGUUAUAAUGUUUGGUCUUUUUGUUUUCUUUUAAUUUUUGCAAAUAACUGUAGCCUUUUAUAUUGGUUGUUCUGUGAUAGUUGUGACACUUAUUUGAAACUCUAAAUUUCAUGCAUGACACUUACCUGGCAGGUAUAUAUAUAUAGCUGUAUUUUCUGAAGUCCGACAGAAUUUAAAAAACUUCCGACACACGCAGUG